GAUUGGGCUUUUGUUGAAUGUGCCAUCUGUAUGACUGACGGUAUGGAAUAUUUGAAAUCAAAGCCCCAACUUCGCUUUCUCAACCUCCUUUCAAACCCCGAGCUCCAUUCAAACCCCAUAAUAAAAUAUUAAUAUUCAGCAAUUAGUGCCAUUUUUUGCUAAACUGCAAUUAGUGCCAUACCUUUUGCUUUCCUAAUCACCCACUUUAUUUAUAUAUAUAUAUAUAUAUAUAUAUAUGUAGAAUAGAGAGAUUUCAUUUCAUUUCCUAAUCACACGGGCACAGCACUCUGUCCGUAUAAAAACCUAAGAGCAACUAUUGCUUUGCCAUCUCCAACUUCGCGCACAGAUUCAGUUCAGUUUGUUAUAUAAUCAUGGCAAGAAAGAUGCUUAUUGAUGGGGAGGUGAGCCAACCUAAUGAGGAAGAAGCUCACUAUGACUUUGACUUGUUUGUCAUUGGAGCCGGAAGUGGUGGUGUUCGUGCUUCUAGAUUUUCAGCUACUUAUGGAGCCAAGGUUGGGAUUUGUGAGCUUCCAUUUCAUCCAAUCAGCUCAGAAGUUGUUGGAGGAGUUGGUGGAACGUGUGUCCUUCGUGGUUGUGUUCCCAAAAAGAUUUUGGUGUAUGGAGCAUCUUUUAGAGGUGAAAUUGAGGACGCCAGGAAUUAUGGGUGGGAAGUGAGUGAGAAAAUUGACUUCAACUGGAAGAAGCUUUUGCAUAAGAAGACAGAAGAAAUAGUCAGAUUAAAUGGAAUUUACAAGCGGUUAUUGAAUAAUGCUGGGGUUAAAUUGUAUGAAGGAGAGGGAAAGAUUGUUGGUCCUAAUGAAGUUGAGGUGACACAACUAGAUGGCACUAAAUUGAGCUAUACAGCUAAGCACAUACUGAUUUCAACUGGCAGUAGAGCUACACGUCCUGCUAUUCCUGGCCAGGAGUUGUCUAUAACCUCUGAUGAGGCAUUGAGUUUGGAGGAGUUACCUAAGCGUGCUGUGAUACUUGGGGGAGGGUACAUUGCUGUUGAAUUUGCUUCAAUAUGGAAUGGGAUGGGUGUGACCGUGGAUCUAUUUUUCAGAAAGGAACUUCCUUUAAGAGGCUUUGAUGAUGAAAUGAGGGCAGUGGUUGCAAGAAAUCUUGAAAGCAGGGGAAUUAAUUUGCACCCAAGGGCAAAUUUGUCGGAGUUGAUUAAAACAGAGGAUGGCAUAAAAGUUAUCACAGAUCAUGGUGAAGAGUUGAUUGCAGAUGUUGUACUGUUUGCCACUGGUCGAUCUCCUAAUACAAAGCGGUUGAAUUUGGAAGCUGUAGGUGUGGAACUUGAUCAGACAGGAGCUGUGAAGGUAGAUGAGUACUCACGUACCAAUAUACCUAGCAUAUGGGCUGUGGGUGAUGUUACAAAUCGAAUGAAUCUUACCCCUGUGGCCUUAAUGGAGGGAACAUGCUUUGCUAAAACUGUUUUUGGUGGGCAACCUUGCAAACCGGACCACAAAGAUGUUGCCUGCGCUGUGUUCAGCAUACCACCUCUUUCUGCAGUGGGCCUCAGUGAAGAGCAGGCAAUCGAGGAAGCACAUGGUGAUGUCUUGGUUUUCACAUCAACCUUCAAUCCAAUGAAGAACACUAUCUCUGGGCGACAAGAAAAGACAAUUAUGAAGCUUGUUGUUGAUGCUGAUACAGAUAAAGUUCUUGGAGCAUCCAUGUGUGGGCCAGAUGCACCUGAAAUUAUACAGGGCAUUGCUGUUGCCGUGAAGUGUGGAGCAACCAAGGCACAAUUUGACAGCACGGUGGGAAUUCAUCCUUCUGCAGCAGAAGAAUUUGUGACAAUGCGGUCAGUGACGAGGCGUGUUUCUGCUGGUAGCAAGCCAAAGACUAAUCUGUAAAGAUACUAAGAUUAGAAGAAAGGAAAAAGAAUGCUAAUAUGCAAUUGAAAGAGGAAUUCUCAUGGUCAUAGGUCAUAGUUUGGUAUUUCGCUAAAAGCAAAUUUGCGUACAGAAUUCAGAAAGCUAAGUUAAGUUGGUUUUUGUCUCAAUAAAUGUCUCAUCACAUCACAUGUCAUGAUGUAGCAGUGACUUUUUGGUUACAGAAUAUGGCAGUGUUAGUAUAGAUGAUGAAUGCACAAAACAAUGUCAUAUGUUAUAUCAAUUGAUUUGGAUCCACAAA